ACACCCGUUACAUUAUACUCCUCCUAUAUAAAACCCUCUCUCCUCUUACACCACCCCAAACUUUCAUAUCUCUCUUCAUCUCGCUUUCUCUCCUUCCUUACGCUCUCUCUGGAACAGCGCCAAAUAUUUCAUAAUUCGCCGGCGAAGCUUGUGUUGAAGAUUUCGCGCAUUGAAGCCAGGGUUUCUUAAUGCCUGGGAAUUCCGGCGUUAUCGACUUGAAUUCCGACGCCGUUUCCGGUGACCAGAGCAGCGACGUGGAUGGAGGCGACGUUUCCGACCUUUUGAUUAGGGUCGGUGUAUCGGGGGUUUCGAAUGAUCAGGGCGGGGUGAUCGGAGGGAUGACGGACAGGGUUGGGGAUAUCGGGGAAGGGGAGGACUCGGGGAGGGUGGUUGAUGGUUUGGUGAAGGAGGGGUUGGAUAGGGUAAUGGGAUCUGCGAAUGAACGGAGUGAGGUGGAAGAGGGCCGUGGAAAGAUGCCGGUGAUUGAUGAUUUGGAAUGGUUGGUUUUGGGUUCAAAGGGUGGUGUUGUAAAUACCAGUGCUUUAUGUGGGAAAUCAUUGUUUUCUGAAAGCAAUGAAUUGGAGAAUGAGGUUGGGAGAGGCAGCAAUGAAGUCAAUACUUUGGGUGUUGCUGGUGAAGAGAAUUUAAUAGAUGUUGAAGUUCUUGCAGAUAAGAUGAUGGAUAAGCGUCUAGAGAAUGAGAAAGAAGAGGAAGUUUUCCAAGUCGCUGAGACAAGUAUAAAUAAGAUUUUUGGUGUUCAGGUUUCUGAAGUGGGAUUGUCCACUGUAAAUGAGUCUAAUACAGUCAAUCUUGUUGUAGAUUUGAAUCCUUAUAUAGAUGCAGAUGAGAACCAGAAGUCCAGAGCUUCGAUCAGUAACAAAGGAAAGGAGAAUGUUGAUUGCUGUAUUAAUCAGGUGGAGUUAAAUGGAAACCAUGAUUUAGUAAUUAAAGAACAGGUGAAAAAUGUUGAAAAGGCAAAAAACCUGCAGCAACAAAAUGUAAAAUGCGCAGCCUCAGAUCUGGAAUUUGAAGUCUCUGAUCUCGUAUGGGGGAAAGUAAGGAGCCAUCCCUGGUGGCCAGGGCAGAUAUUUGAUCCAUUAGAUUCAUCAGAGAAGGCAAUGAAGUAUUUUAAAAAGGAUAGUUUUUUGAUUGCUUAUUUUGGGGAUCAAACAUUUGCUUGGAAUGAGGUGACACAGCUGAAGCCAUUUCGAGCACAUUUCUCACAAAUGGAGAAGCAAAGCAAUUUGGAAGCUUUUCAUCAUGCUGUGGACUGUGCUUUGGAUGAGGUUGCUAGACGGGUGGUGUUUGGACUAACGUGUUCUUGUGUGUCUGAGGAAGUGCGCAGAAAAAUCAAAACACAGACUAUUGUUAAUGCUGGGAUCCAAAAAAAAUCAAGUAGAAGAGAUGGAGGGGACAGAUACUUGAAUGCAUCUUCUUUUGAACCAGCAGAACUUCUAAAUUACAUGAAAAUAUUAGCACAAAGCUCAUGUGAUGAAGUUGAUAGGUUGGAAUUUGUGAUAUCACAAGCCCAAUUGUCAGCUUUCCAUCAUUGGAAGGGAUUUUCUCAGCUGCCUGAAUUUGAAAUGCUUGGUGGGUUGUUGGAAGAUGAUGAAAAUCUUCCUCUUUUGGAGGCAAAAAGGCAUUUUGGUGAAGCAAUAGAGGAUGUGAUUGAAGAUUUCAAGGAUCAUGAGCAAGUGCUCCCUCGAAAAAGGAAGUCAAAAGGUCAAAAUAGUUCUUCCCAUGAGCAUAAGGUCUUAUCUGGAGACAGUAUGCACCCUAGUAAAAAACAGAGAAGCUUGAUGGACUUGAUGGCUGGGAAUUGCUCGUAUUUGAAAAAUAUUGAGAAGUCGUCUUCUGAUAAGAAACUGAAGGAGAUCGGUACUCUACUGGAUGACUCAGCAGUGACUGAUAGGGGAAGGUUUGCUGCUCCACACUCUCAGAAAACUCUUGGAGUUGGAGACAGCAUUUGUAGAGUUGCAAACCAACUGAAUGGGUCAACCCCAAUGCUCAAGCAUGAAAAACCUGCUUCGUCUGGGAAAUCCCAAAAAAGAAAAGUCAUUCCAAUAGAAUGCUUUUCUCCCGAAGAGAUGCUGUCACAGAUCCGGUUGGCUUCCAUACAUCCCAUGGAAGGAUACAAAUUCUUGACUUCUUCCAUUUGUUUCUUAUCGGAGUUCAGGAAUUUUGUCUGUCUGGACCACCCUAGAUCACUGAAGGACAAGCAGUCUCUAAAAGAAGUAUCCAGUAGCAAGUCUGAGAAAUCUACACUGGAAGCUGUUGAAGCAUCUGGGUCUAAGUAUGUGAAAGACUCUUACUGGACUGACAGGAUGAUUCAAAGCUUCCCUGAAGAAGAAACAAUUGUGAAUCUGAAUGAAACAGGAGAAUCUGUGCGUGAGACCCAAGGUGAAAUGGCAGUUGUCAAUGUUGAACCAGAAGCGGUUUCGGAGUCUAGACAUCAAACUGCUGGUCAAAACCCUGAAAAGGAAGCAGAGAAGCCAGUGGACCACAUGAGUGAGAGUGGCAUGGAAGAACUAUCUCCGACAGCUCUGAUUCUGAAUUUCGCAGACCUGAAUUCUGUUCCUUCAGAAACCAACCUCAACAGGAUAUUUAGCCGCUAUGGACCUCUGAAUGAAUCGGAGACUGAAGUGCUAAAGAAGAGCAUUAGGGCAAAAGUGGUCUUCAAGAGAAGUUCUGAUGCAGAAACUGCUUUCAGCAGUUCUGGGAAAUUCAGCAUUUUUGGACCUUCACUUAUUAGUUACCGCCUCAAGUACUUGCCUGCUAGACUGCAUAAAGCUUCGUCUUCUUCCACUAAACGAAGAAGAAAAGAUGCAACAGCCAUGGAAGGCAAUGCAACAUGACAGCAUAAUUUUGGUGAACUCGAUGAAGACUCCAAAGGUUAGGCAUGAAGUUCACACACCUCUUAUGUGAAACUACCUCCAGUCUCUAUUGCCACCUUUGGAAGAUUACAUUAGGUGUCUAACUUAAUACAGUUCACAUGCAGAUAGGUUGGGUCAAGCAGCUGACUUAGUUAUUGAAUUAGGAAAACUAUAUUAAAUCGGCUAAACAGUAUUUCUUCUAAUGAGGUAUAUUUUCACUUCUCUUGGCCUUUAGAAAAGGUUUAUUGUUAUCAGUAAGUCAGGUUCAUUUGUGUUUUAAUCUCUCUGCUUUACAGAACUAUCAGAAGCUUGGACCUCCUUUGCUUCGUUGGUUUUCUGUGAUAGGAUGUUUAGAUAUCGCCAUCUCUAUGCUUAUAUAUUUUGCCCGUCUUGC